ACCAAGAUGCUACUAGAAGUAUUGUUUGCAUGCAAGUAAACACCCCAUCCAAGUGUUUUACACUCGGACAAUAGAUAUACCUCGAGUGUUUCUCUACACAGAUCGAUUUAAAAGAUAGAACGGGAAAUUCGGCAACGAUAAGGACAUACAGUAUAACCACACACCGGAUUCCCACACACACAACUCCACAUUCAAUUUAGGCCUAUAUUUAUUAAGCGUAACGAAUGCCAGAGUUGAGGUAAACGAAAGUGGAUAUAUGGUAGAGAACGACACCUGGAAAAAUUAACCUCUCUUUUACAACUUCAGCACUCUGGUAAAAUGGAGUUUGAUCUUUGGAUGGAUACCUUGUAUGGUUGGGCACCGUCUACCAUGCAAGCUAAAAACAUUAAGGGUUCGUAUGUGCAUAGCAGCGGAUUCAAGCUACAGUCUGUUGGUGUUAUGGCUACAGAAUUCCACACUGGUAACAUAAUUCAACUCGAAUCUCGAACAACAGGGGGACUUUUAAGAGUGAAUGCCGUAACUGGAAAAAUAGAUUUUAACGGAAUAUAUGGAAAGCAAUCUCAGUUCAUUGUACACAGGUUUGACGACCUUGUAACUCUAAGAUCUGUUGCAAAUUCUCUUCACAUUUUGGUUCUACGGAAUGGGACACUAUAUGCUGAUGGUAAGGGAGAUCCUAAAUGUCGGUUUAAAGUUCACUCGGUGGAUGGUCAUUUCGUCAAAUUUGAAUCGGCGCACAACCCUUACCGUUUCAUAUCAGUCCACAAAAAACACGGCGAUAACCUAGACAUUCAGUCCGUACGAAGUAUGAGAUCGUCGGGCGACGGAACACAAGGACAAUUCAAAGCAGUUCUUGUGGGCCACACCAAUACCACGUAUGCCUCAUGACCACACCCACGACGAUUUUAUUUCUUCUUGUUCAAUAUGGAUUUGCAACAUCGUAUGACGAGAGGUUUUAUAUAAUUUUCAUGAGGUCUGAUCAUUGCAAAUCGUAAUUUAUUCUAUUUAUAUGAUUUUCGUUAGAAUUAUUGGUUUUGUUAAAACAAAACGUAUCGCCGCUCGAAAAAAAAUCACCCGGAUUUGCAGAUUUGCGAAAGGGACCGGGGUGAAAGUGCGGAAUCAGUUUACAUCAUAGCUUACACCCCUAAAUAAAUACAGGUUAUUCUGAAAAUGUGUAAUUUUCGAAAUAUAAAUCAGGGUAUAUUUUCUAUGCCCCAUUGUCUUAGGCCUUGAGUUUGUUAUAGUUAUUAUAUAAAAUGACCGAAAUGGACAGAAUCACUUAAUAAUUGAUGAGUAAAAAGUAAAUAAUGUAUGAAAUAUACUUCAAUUUAGUUAAGAGUGCAUAAGAUAGAUAGGUAUUCUUUUAAACAUUGACAACAGAAUUGGCUUCUUCAUCACAUAAUGCUUUAAACAAAAACAGGAAGGCACACUGAACAAUUUGUUAAUCCCUCUGUAAACUUAAACUCGCUGGCUAUUACGUAUUGUACCGUAUACAAUAUAUUGUGUAUACAGAAUCAUAUUCCAUAAGGGACCGGACGCCAUUUUAACUUGUAUGUAUGGUAACUUUAGCAGUGGAAUUCUAAACUUCAGAAUUUAUUUUUAGAAUACUGUACUGUAUAUAUUUACAUAUUUACUUUUUGAUUAAGUUAAUAAAAUUAGAUUAAAAACAGGUUUGUUUUAUCUUCGAUUCUCGUUUGUUUAAACUUCAAUUUUCUAAUCUUACGUUUCUUUAAUAUAUAGUGUUUAUAUUUAUAAGUUACUCUCUAUUAAUACAAUCUAGUUUUAAUGAAGAAAACGAAUAAAAUCUUUUCUUUCUGUGAAUCUGGUGUCUGUAGAAUAAAAUCUACUUGAAUAAAACCAAUAAUCUCUAUGAAUAAAAUCCGCUUAGGAAUACAA